AUGUCUUCAGGAUCAGUGUCAGGCUACAAGGCCACGGAGAAGGAGCUCGCUCCCCAAUCCUCGAGAUCGAGUGCAACCCAACCCGGUUUCGCGUUGGAGGUACGCGAUGCUCCAGAAGACUCGCGUUAUGUCUCGGGAAAGCAGCUACUAUUGACCUUCAUCGGACUUUUUAUGGCCGUUCUCCUGGUGACGUUAGACCAAACAAUAGUUGCAACCGCACUUCCACGGAUAGUGUCCGACUUCAACGCCCUCGGAGACAUCACAUGGAUUGUCACGGCCUACUACUUGACGCAAGGCGGCUGUAUGCUAAUCGUCGGCCAGAUACUCAAGCUGUCUCGCAAGAAGCUCGUGUUCCUCGCGUCUAUCGCCAUCUUUGAGGUCGGGUCGCUUAUAUGCGCGCUCAGCAAGUCAAUUCCUGUCUUGAUCUUUGGCCGAGCGAUUGCUGGAUGCGGAGCUGCAGGGAUUCAGAUAUCCGUCUCGACCAUUAUGCCCGAUAUUACACCCCUAGAGAAACGCCCCAUCCUUUUCUCAGCUUUUGGUGGUGUCAUUGGACUGUCUACAGUUGCAGGGCCCUUACUUGGAGGCGCAUUCACAGACGAUGUAACAUGGCAGUGGUGCUUUUGGAUCAAUCUCCCGUGUGGCGCUUGUGCGGUUGCUUUGGUCCUGCUCUUCCUCCCGAACCACCCUCCGGCUGUCUUGUUUUCGAGAGGUCUGUUACAGACAUACUUGGGACUCGACUGGCUGGGCAUGAUCCUGAACAUUGGAUUCUUUACGUGUCUUUUGCUCCCUCUGCAGUGGGGCGGCAAUGUCAAACCGUGGAACAGCCCAUCUGUUAUUGCACUGUUCGUUGUAUCUGCGGUGCUGUUUGCUGCUUUCAUCAUAUGGGAGCGAUACAAGGGAGAACACGCCAUGAUUCCGCUCAAUGUUGUCAUGCGGCGAACUCCUCUGGGGGCUGCGAUAGUCUCUUUCUUCAGUUACGUUUUGUUGAUGGUGGCGACUUAUUACCUACCGCUUUGGUAUCAGUCUCAUGGGAGCGAUGCAACGCGCUCUGGACUCAAUAUUCUUCCUCUUCUUGGAGCAGUCAUCAUCGUGGUCGGAGGCGCUACUACAAGCACUGGGCGUUACUGGUGGUUCCUUCUCCUUUGUCCCCUCCUUUCCAGUAUAGGUGCAGGGCUGCUGUACACGGUAACGUCGACGACACCCAACGCGCAUAUCAUUGGAUUCCAGAUUAUCUUUGGGGCUGGAGUGGGAGCGAUAUUCCAGACUGUGUUGAUCGCCGUUCAGGCUGAAUACGCCGACAAUGAGGAGAUGAUCCCACAAGCAACGUCUUUUGUGAGCUUCACCCAGAUCCUAGGGGGGAUCGUGAGCAUAGCUAUAGCGGGGAGCAUAUUCGCGAACGAACUCCGCAGCAAUCUGCCCAGUGACCUGCCAUCGGAGCUCCGAGAGGGGAUCCUCGAGAGCGUCACGGCCAUAUCCGCACUCACCGAACCUACGAAAUCGGCCGUGCUCGCGGCAUACUCGCGGAGCCUCGACCCCGUGUUUGUGAUGGGCGUUCCAGCUGGGAUAUGUGCAUCGCUGGCUGCAUUGCUGAUUGUGAACUAUAAUCUCAAAACUCGGGCUGCAGCUGCUGUGACACAGUCUGCGUAG